GCCAAAGUUGGCGCAGACGAGAGCUGGCUAUAAAAGCCACCGCCUGCGAAGAUCACCCAAUCAGUGUGGAUUAUUCAAACCAAGAAAUCAGCAAGAUGUUCAAGCUAUCGUUCUGCCUUGUCGCUGCCUUGAUGCUGGCCAGUGUAUAUGCGGAUAACAUUAACAAGGAUGCGGUGAUCACGAGGUCGGACGUCUUGCCUGCCGAUCCCGAGGGCAACUACAACUAUGCCUAUGAAACCAGCAAUGGCAUCCAGGCACAGGAGUCUGGUAACCCCAAUGGAAAAGUCGGCAGCUAUGCUUUUGUCUCCCCUGAAGGCGAGCAGGUCGCGCUGACAUACACCGCCGACGAGAACGGCUACCAGCCUCAGGGCGCUCACCUUCCCACUCCUCCCCCAAUUCCAGAGGCCAUCCUUCGCGCCCUCGAAUACAUUGCCGCACACCCCCCGCAACAGCAAAACUAAAUCUGAAUUGGAUACCCCAUUUAAAGCCUAGUCAGUGCUUUUGCUAAAAAUGAGUUAUAUCUAGUUCUAAGAAGUCUGUACAUAAACCCACAAAAAAAAAAAAACAAAAACAAAAAAUAUGUU